UCGGGGUAUGGAUCGCAUUUUAAUGCAAACAAUUAUUAGAUACAGAUACCUGAUUACCAGACGCUUUCGCUUAAUUUAAACACAACAAACAUGGGGAAGAAGCAUAAAAAGCACAAGCCGGAGUGGAGAACAGUUGAUGACUGUGAGGACAAGCCUUUUGAGAAGCAGCUGAAGCUGGUGCUCAAAGUGGGAGGAAGUGAGAUCACAGAACUCUCAGGCUCCGGCCAUGACUCCAGUUACUACGACGACAGGUCAGACCAUGAACGAGAGCGCCACAAGGACAAAAAGAAGAAGAAGAAGAAAAAGUCUGAGAAGGAGAAAGACAAACACGUAGAUGAUGAGGAGAGGAGAAGACGGAAGGAAGAGAAGAGGAAGAAGAGAGAGCGGGAGCAGAAUGAAUCAGAGGCUGCUACUGCCUCUGCCAGUGGUGUGGGCCUGCCCACUGUUGUGCCCAGUCACACUGGUGUGGCAGUCGAGCCUUUCAUGCUGCCAAAGAUACCAAACAUUGGUAUUAGUUUUGAGCAGCAGGAGGAGAAGAAGAGGAAGAGGGAGAGGUCUGAGAUGGAGCCGGAGGUGAUGGACCAGUUUCACCCCAACAUCAAGGUAGAGGUGGAGCAACAAGGAGACCGGCCUGUUAGGGCUUGCAGGACAGCCCCGGAGAGUGAGUGCACCCCUCGACAGCAGCUCCUGGAACACUUCCUGCGCCAGCUUCAGAGGAAGGAUGCCCAUGGCUUCUUCACUUUCCCAGUGACAGACGCCAUCGCUCCAGGUUACUCUGUGAUAAUCAAACACCCCAUGGAUUUCAGCACCAUGAACGACAAGAUCACAGACAACGAGUACAAAACCGUCACGGAGUUCAAGGCGGACUUCAAGCUGAUGUGUGAUAAUGCCAUGGUGUAUAACCGCCCAGAGACCGUUUACUACAAGGCUGCCAAGAAACUGCUGCACACUGGCUUCAAGAUGAUGAGCAAAGAGCGGCUGUUAGCACUGAAGCGCAGCAUGUCUUUCAUGCAGGACAUGGAUUUCUCUCAGCAGGCGGCCAUUUUAGGGGACGAGGACUUGGCGUCUGAGGAGCCCCCUCCGGAGGUCAUCUCCAUGCCCGUGGAGUCGGCGUCGGCCAAGAAAUCCAAGAAACCCAAAGACAUCAAAGAUAUGAAGGAAGUCAUCAGUUACCUGUAUGAGCCAGAGGGGAACGCCUGCAGCCUGACUGACAGCACAGCGGAGGAACACGUUCUGGCCCUGGUGGAGCACGCUGCAGAUGAAGCACACGACCGCAUCAACCGAUACAUGCCCAACUCCAAGAUGGGUUUCCUGAGGAAAGAGCCUGAUGGUAAUCUGUUGUACACUGUAGUGAAUCAGCUGAAUCCAGAAGCAAAAGAGGAGGAGACCCACCCUGUGGACCUGAGCUCUCUGUCCAAUAAGCUCCUUCCUGGAUUAACAACACUGGGUUUCAAAGAUGACAGGAGACACAAGGUGACGUUCCUGAGCAGUACCUACAACACCCAGACCCUGCAGAACAACUCCAUCUACCCAGACCUGCUGCCUGAUGAGAUGGACCUGCUCUACUCAGCCUACGGGGAUGAGACUGGGGUGCAGUGUGCUCUCAGUAUUCAGGAGUUUGUUAAAGGUUGUGGGAACGUUACUAAGCGUUUGGUUGACGGGCUGCUGGAUAAGAUGACUGCAGGGGACCACUCUAAGGCUGUCUACCAGAUCAGACAGAAAAGAAACAUGGCGUUACCAGACGAAACCAAGAGCAACAUUUACGAUAUGCAGAUGGCUGAUGGGACAGGUCUGGGAGAGGGCAGCUCAGUGCUGGACUUCAUGUCCAUGAAGAGCUACUCUGACAUGUCUCUGGAGAUGUCCAUGCUCAACUCUUUAGGGAAGUCAGUGAAGAAGGAGCCGGGGCAUGAAGACGGGGUCAGUCAGCAGCACUUUGAGGAGGCAGCCAAGCUGCUGCAGGAGUUCCAGGAGGGCCAGGUGGAGAGGGGAGGCUCCAGACCCUCCUCUAACCUCUCCUCCCUGUCAGGGACCUCCGACAGGGACCAGCACCACCUGGGGAGUCCCUCACACCUGGGUGUUGGUGACCAGUCUGAGAUGGUUCAUGACCCCUAUGAGUUCCUCCAGUCUCCAGAGCCAGGCUCCACAUCCAACAGCUGACCUAUGAGUUCCUCCAGUCUCCAGAGCCAGGCUCCACAUCCAACAGCUGACCUAUGAGUUCCUCCAGUCUCCAGAGCCAGGCUCCACAUCCAACAGCUGACCUAUGAGUUCCUCCAGUCCCCAGAGCCAGGCUCCACAUCCAACAGCUGACCUAUGAGUUCCUCCAGUCUCCAGAGCCAGGCUCCACAUCCAACAGCUGACCUAUGAGUUCCUCCAGUCUCCAGAGCCAGGCUCCACAUCCAACAGCUGACCUAUGAGUUCCUCCAGUCUCCAGAGCCAGGCUCCACAUCCAACAGCUGACCUAUGAGUUCCUCCAGUCUCCAGAGCCAGGCUCCACAUCCAACAGCUGACCUAUGAGUUCCUCCAGUCCCCAGAGCCAGGCUCCACAUCCAACAGCUGACCUAUGAGUUCCUCCAGUCCCCAGAGCCAGGCUCCACAUCCAACAGCUGACCUAUGAGUUCCUCCAGUCCCCAGAGCCAGGCUCCACAUCCAACAGCUGACCUAUGAGUUCCUCCAGUCUCCAGAGCCAGGCUCCACAUCCAACAGCUGACCUAUGAGUUCCUCCAGUCUCCAGAGCCAGGCUCCACAUCCAACAGCUGACCUAUGAGUUCCUCCAGUCUCCAGAGCCAGGCUCCACAUCCAACAGCUGACCUAUGAGUUCCUCCAGUCUCCAGAGCCAGGCUCCACAUCCAACAGCUGACCUAUGAGUUCCUCCAGUCUCCAGAGCCAGGCUCCACAUCCAACAGCUGACCUAUGAGUUCCUCCAGUCUCCAGAGCCAGGCUCCACAUCCAACAGCUGACCUAUGAGUUCCUCCAGUCUCCAGAGCCAGGCUCCACAUCCAACAGCUGACCUAUGAGUUCCUCCAGUCUCCAGAGCCAGGCUCCACAUCCAACAGCUGACCUAUGAGUUCCUCCAGUCCCCAGAGCCAGGCUCCACAUCCAACAGCUGACCUAUGAGUUCCUCCAGUCCCCAGAGCCAGGCUCCACAUGCAACAGCUGACCUAUGAGUUCCUCCAGUCUCCAGAGCCAGGCUCCACAUCCAACAGCUGACCUAUGAGUUCCUCCACUCCCCAGAGCCAGGCUCCACAUCCAACAGCUGACCUAUGAGUUCCUCCAGUCCCCAGAGCCAGGCUCCACAUGCAACAGCUGACCUAUGAGUUCCUCCAGUCUCCAGAGCCAGGCUCCACAUCCAACAGCUGACCUAUGAGUUCCUCCAGUCCCAGGCUCCACAUCCAACAGCUGACCUAUGAGUUCCUCCAGUCUCCAGAGCCAGGCUCCACAUCCAACAGUUGACCUAUGAGUUCCUCCAGUCUCCAGAGCCAGGCUCCACAUCCAACAGCUGACCUAUGAGUUCCUCCAGUCUCCAGAGCCAGGCUCCACAUCCAACAGCUGACCUAUGAGUUCCUCCAGUCUCCAGAGCCAGGCUCCACAUCCAACAGCUGACCUAUGAGUUCCUCCAGUCUCCAGAGCCAGGCUCCACAUCCAACAGCUGACCUAUGAGUUCCUCCAGUCCCCAGAGCCAGGCUCCACAUCCAACAGCUGACCUAUGAGUUCCUCCAGUCUCCAGAGCCAGGCUCCACAUCCAACAGCUGACCCACACACUGACAAGUUGCCUCUAACUGGGGUAGCUCUGGUCACAAUACCAGUAUCACUAUAUUAUGAUACUCAACUUUCCAAGGCAAAAAAGGAAACAAAACUAUUUUAACUCUUUAAAAACAUGCUUUACCUAAAAUAUUGUUUUCUGUAGCUUGAAAAACAAACAAAUAUGUCUCUGGUGUAUCUAACAUUAAGACUUCUGAGUAUUGCGAUACUGUUAUUGAGAAACUACUAGGGAGAUGGUAGAAGAUGCCUCUAACUACUGGUCUGGGGUCAGACAUUGUUUGAUGGGUAAUCUGAUCCUAGAUCUGUGGCUUAGAGGAAACUUCUACUCAGAGCUGAUCUGACGUCCUGUAUCUAACCACACUGGUUGUUUUGUUGUCUGACUCUGUGCUCUCAACACACCGGGGACAAUGAGAGAGAACCUCAGACAUGUUGUUGAAGGUCAUCAUGAUUGUACAGAUUAUUUGUAUGUGUGCUAUACUUAAGAGAAUAAAGUUGCCACAGGUUGUGUUUUUACACAGUACUGUGUCAUCAGGUUGUGUUUUUACACA